AUAACUUAUUUUUCUCUUACAGAUAAGUUCUAAUUAAUAACGUAAAAUAGUUUACAUAAAUUUAUUUUCUAUUCAUAUUCUUUUCAAACACAUUAAAAAGAUUUGAAACUGUGAUACUUGGACUAGAAUAUUAAAUAAGCAUUGCACAACUACAAUGAAUAUAAGUACAGCCAUUGUUCUUUCCGUUGUCGUUUGCAUCAUUUUAUUAUAGAUAAGAUGUAGAAAACAAAGAAUGUCUUUGUUUCAAAGUUACGGAAUUCCAGGCCCGAAACCAAACUUUUUCUUUGGAAAUUUAAUUGAGUACAAUAAAGACAGAGACAAAUGCAUAGAAAGAUGGCUACAACAGUACGGAAAAAUGUUUGGUUUUUAUCUAGGAGGAAAGCCUUUUUUAGUAUGCAGCGAUGUCGAAUUUUUGAAACUCUCUCUAAUAAAAGAAUCUUAUAAUUUUUACAAUAGAGAUGUGGUGCUGCCUGAUGCUGGAAUUCCUCACGAUUCUGUUAAACAUACGCUAGGAGUGCAAGCAGAUGAAAAAUAUAAAAAUCUACGAAGUAUUCUCAGUACUUGUUUCAGUACAGGAAAAAUUAAAAUGACGACUACUCUAAUGUCUUCACCGAUAAAAGUCUUUCUAAGAAAUGUCAAGAAGCAAGGAGAUAAACCGUUUGAUAUUUCAACGUUGUGUAAAAAAUUGGUGUUUGAUAUCGUUUGUACAUCAGCAUUUGGUGUAACCACAAAUGUUCAGAAUAAUGAAACCAGUAAAUUUGUUGAAUCGGUUGAUGUCGCUUUUUCAGUUGAUUCUUCCGAUAUUUUAGCUGCAGUAACAAUCUGCUUUCCGGAAAUAGCGCCAAUAUAUACGUUUCUUCGACAUAAAAUAGAUACGUUAAAGUACAUGCUGAAUCUACCUUCUGUGACAUUGAUUUAUGAAACCUGUCAGAAAAUUGUCACCUCCAGAAGGAAUUUAGAUACUGUUCCACAAGAUAUGCUGCAGACACUCAUAGAUGCAGAAGAUGACUCUGUUGUAGAAAUGAAGAAACUUCCAGACAAUUUUGUUAUUGCAAAUGCGAUGAUGUUUAUGGUUACUGCAAAUGACACAACAAGUGUUACAAUGAGCUGGUGUAUUAAACAUCUUGCUGGUAAUCCUGAAAUUCAAGAGAAAGUUCGUGAAGAAAUAAGAAACAAUGUUUCUGAAAAUGUGGAUAUACAGUACUCUGACUUGAGCAAUUUUCAGUUCCUAGAUCAAGUUAUCUCAGAAACUCUUCGCUUCUGGCCAUUUACCCCAAUAGGUGUAAAUCGCAUAUGCUCAGAAGUUUAUCGUUAUAAAGACAUCAACAUACCAAAAGGUUGUACGAUAACGAUUCCAAUACAGAUUUUGCAAAAUGAUCCAGCUUAUUGGAGAGAACCGGAUAAGUUUAAUCCCUAUAGAUUUUCAUCUGAAGAAAUGCAGAAAAUUGAUUCUAUCAUUUACCAACCAUUCGGAGCAGGGCAUAGAAUCUGUAUGGGACAGAGGUUAGCAAGAACUGUAAUAAAGUUAAUACUGGCAAAUCUGAUUCGAUCGUUCAAGUUGGAAAAAUAUGGAGACGAUGAAAACGAGAGAGAAUACCACCUAUUCUACUAUUUUCCUAAGAAUGGUAUAAACGUGAAAGCAACUCCAUUAUCUUCAUCAUUUUAAACAUAAAUAAUCAUCAAUUAACACGUUUCUGAAAUUAAUUGCAUUCGAUGUAAUACAAUCUUUGAAAACUUAUUUGUAUUC